UUUGGAUAUUUCUUUUUCAGCCUUAGUCGCAACUAGCAACGAAGGUUCUUCAUUGAUCUUUUCAAAGGCAUAGAAUCUGCGUGUUCUUUGAGGAUUUAUUAUAUAAUUUUUACUCACCAAUUGUAACUUGGCGACGAAGUUUCUGAGUUUCAGAAUUUCAAGCAUUGUUGCUGAAGACUUGAUAGAAAAUAGCAUUAAUCUUAGGUGCUCCUGCUACCUGCACCUUGAUACUUGGGAUGGGAUGCGCAAACAUCUUCAAAAGACGCGUGAAAGUAUUCACGCUUGCAAUGAUAAUCUACUUCGACUAUAAGGCUUUGCAGCAGAGGGAGAAGUGGAUUAACAAAUCUAAAAGAGCUAGCAUAUGGGAAAGAGCUCAUGAGCGGAACGCUAAGCGAGUUCUCAAUCUGAUACUACAAUUAGAAGGUCUGUGGGUAAAACUUGGUCAGUACCUAUCUACACGUGCAGAUGUACUCCCUGAGGCCUAUAUAUACCUCCUCAAGCAGUUACAGGAUUCCCUUCCUCCACACCCUUUGCAAGAGGUUCGCCAGACUAUAGAGAAAGAGAUGGGGAAGCCCAUGGGUGACAUAUUCUCAGAUUUUUCCGAAACACCUCUUGCAACUGCAUCAAUAGCACAAGUUCACCGUGCAACUCUGAGUACUGGGCAGGAGGUGGUUGUUAAAGUUCAACACGAGGGAAUCAAGACGAUCAUAUUAGAGGACUUAAAAGAUUCAAAGUCAAUAGUAGACUGGAUAGCCUGGGCUGAACCACAGUAUAACUUCAACCCAAUUAUUGAUGAGUGGUGUAAAGAAGCGCCUAAAGAACUGGACUUUAACCAUGAAGCUGAAAAUACGAGAACAGUCUCCAGAAACUUAGGCUGCAAAAGCAGACAAGAUGGUGCUACUUCUGAAGAUCGCAUUAAUGUAUUGAUUCCUGAAGUUAUUCAGUCAUCUGAGAAGGUCCUCAUUCUCGAUUAUAUGGAUGGAGUUCGUUUAAAUGACAUUGAAUCUCUGGAAGCUUUAGGUGUUGACAAACAAAAGCUUGUUGAAGAAAUCACUCGUGCAUAUGCCCACCAAAUUUAUGUUGAUGGAUUUUUCAAUGGUGACCCUCAUCCUGGGAAUUUUCUUGUGAGCAAGGAACCCCCUCAUCGCCCCAUUUUACUGGACUUUGGACUUACAAAGUCAUUGUCAAGUUCUAUGAAGCAUGCACUUGCAAAAAUGUUUCUAGCAUCUGCUGAGGGAGAUCAUGUAGCACUUUUGUCAGCCUUUGAAGAGAUGGGACUAAAGUUGCGUCUGGACAUGCCAGAGCAGGCUAUGCAGAUCACAAGUGUACUCUUUCGUACUUCCACCCCAGCUAGUGAAGCCAUUGAAAACAUGAAAUCUUUAGCUGAGCAAAGAACCAAAAAUAUGAGGGCCAUCCAGGAAAAGAUGAAACUUGACAAAAAAGAAGUCAAACGUUUUAAUCCUGUUGAUGCUUUUCCAGGUGAUGCUGUGAUAUUUGGACGUGUUUUAAAUCUUCUCCGAGGGCUUUCAUCUAUGAUGAAUGUUCGCAUUGUGUAUUUGGAUAUAAUGAGACCAUUUGCUGAAGCUGCUUUACAAGGAAACAUCGAGAAGGGACCAGCAACAAAUGCACAGUGGAUCCAUGACACACCUGUUCAAUCUAAUGUGGAGGCCAAGCUGAGGCAAUUCUUAGUUCAGCUCGGCAAUGAUGAUAAAAUACUAGGAAUUCAGGUGAAUAUGAAUAUCCAACUAGAUGCAUUAAUUGCCCACUGCCUUUUUUCUUCCAUUUCUGUGUUUUAUGUUUCAUGUAAUAAGAGAACAUUACAUGUGCUGUGGCCUAAAAUAAACAGCCUGUACACUCAGGAUGCUGUACAGAAAUCUGUCCAAACUGAACCCUAUACAUCAAAAGGGAAGCCCCAUCUUUAG